AUGCGUGUCCCUCAGCUAGGUGCCCUCGCAGUCGUGGUCGGUGGCGUGCAAAGCUUUCUGAUCCCUCCUGAGAUCUCAACAGCCGAUGCGGAUGCCAUAAACACCCUUCCCGCAGAAGCUGUCGUUGCGGGGUUGACUUCCCGUGUGAUAGAGAUCCAGUGUCCCGGCUGCCCGGUUGUAACGGAGCUGAAGGGAAAACCAGACUCCGCACAACCCGAUUCGGUCCUGCACUUCAACUUCAGCACCUCCCACGAAAAUGGAGUCGACCAAGUCCUUGUCAACGGUCUCCAGAUCUACCCCAUCGACCCUACAAUGGCAAACUUCCUGGAACCCCUCACAGCCUCGCAGAUGAUCAAAUCGAACGGUGUCUGGACAGAAGCCGGCACUCCUAAGCUCGGCUUUUCCCUCAGCGUCAAGCACCCCCCCUCCUCCGGACCAGAAUUCAUGCAAACCGUAGCCAUCCGCCUCGAAAUCGUCGAAGUAGCCGAUAAGUUUAUCUCCGGCCUCCCGGCCAUCGAACUGAAUCUGUUGGAGACCCCUUCCGGGCAGCUCAUGAUCGGAAACUCCAGCAUCAGCGCCCCAUCCAGCCCUGCCAGACUAACAGGAGACGACAAGGAGUGCUCGACUAUCGCUUGCAAGUGGCGUGCUAUCGUUGCAGACCGUCUUUCAAAGAUGAAACAGGGCCUGAGAAAGGGCUGCGCUGGAAUGAGGAAGAGACCUACUACUAAAGGCAGACCCAGCGGACACUCGCACCCUGACCAUAAGGCGAGACCGGACCACCGUCCCCACGCUCCCUCCCGCCAUCACCACCAGCAUAGCUUUGCUAAGUUCCUGAGAGGCAUCUUCCUCCAUGUCUUCGUGCCGGUGAUCAUUGGUGUUAUGGUUGGUAUUACCGCCGGCUUGAUUGGCAUGGUAGUCGGCCACAUCGUCAUCUUCACCUGGCGUUCGCUCUUCCGUUCUGGUCAGAAGAACUCCGCGUACGCUGAGGUUGGACAGGAGGAUACUAAGGAUGAGACCAAAGGCUUCCUUGCCUUCCAAGGUCCUCCACCACAAUACGCCGAUGCUGCGGUGCCUGAGAAGGAGUAA